ACUCUGUUUGCCGUGAGCAGUGAUGGCAGCUGGAGGAUGCACGGGACUCCUCCCCUCUCCUCUGAUCUGAGACCUGCCCGCUCAGUCUGCGUCGACUUCGGGCAGCAGAACCUCAGGGGUCAAUUAUGGACGGCCGGUAUCGGUAUUUUUAGCGACUUUUUCACGGGUCAGAGCGUUUGGAAAUAUUUCUGUGGAUUAAAAAAAAGAAAGAAAGAAGUUAUCUUUCUGUGUGGGAAGAUGGGAUUAUAUCGGAGGAAUCGUAUGAGAAUUGCUGCUUCGCAAAAAUCUGCGUGAAAAGGUUUCAGACAGUGUCCAGGCCCGCAGAGCCAGGCAGGAGAAGAUGGCGAAAGUCUGCAGUGAAAACUCCUUUUCAGCCAGAAGGCGGCUGUCCGCAAAUGACGAUGAGCUCGGUGUUAUUGAAAAUGGGGAGAGCAGAGUUCACUCUCUUUGUGGGGACAACUGUGACAGAGCACUGCGCUCAGAGUCCCACAGAGACUCAUUUACAGGUGCCGGGGCAAUGGCCAGAGUGAAGCCUGAACAAGAGAGACACGACUCGUUCCUCGAGCGCUUCAGAGGCCCAGAGCUCAAAGACACGUCCAGUCUACACAGCAGUGCUCAGUCUGCAGGGCAUCACGACGCAGUCCGUAAGAGAAACCUUGCCAGUAAGUGGCCGCUGGCUACUUACAACAUGAAUAACUGCAACAACACAGAUGACAAAAAAGAGGACAAAAAAGAGGAGAUUAAAAAAGAUGAGAAAAAGGAGGAGAAAAAAGAUGAAGAGAAGAAGGAUGGGGACAAGAAGGAAGAGGAAAAGAAAGAUGAGAAAAAAGACGAGAAGAAGGAUGAGAAAAAAGACGAGAAGAAGGAUGAGAAAAAAGACGAGAAGAAAGAUGAUAAGAAAGAUGAUAAAAAGAAAGAAGAACCACCGAAAGAAAUCUGGAUUAUGGAUCCAGCUGCAGAUCAGUACUACAGGUGGCUCUCCAUCAUUGCAGGCCCCGUGUUUUAUAACCUAAUGAUGGUCAUAACGAGGGCCUGCUUUAAUGAACUCCAGGAGUCGUAUAUACAUUUAUGGCUAAUCCUGGACUACACCACAGACAUCAUCUACUACGCAGACACAUUUGUCAGAUCAAGAACAGGUUACCUGGAGCAAGGCCUGCUGGUAAAAGACUCCAAAAAACUGAGAGAUAAAUACAGAACAACUUCUCAAUUCAAAUACGACAUGAUUGCAAUGAUACCCACUGAUCUGCUGUUUCUGAAAUAUGGAAUCCACAACCCGGAGUUCAGAUUGAACCGCCUUUGCAAACUCCCAAGGCUUUUUGAGUUCUUCGAGAGGACUGAAACCAGAACCAGCUUUCCAAACAUGUUCCGUAUCAGCAAUCUUGUGCUUUACAUUCUUAUUAUCAUCCAUUGGAACGCUUGUUUAUUCUUUGCCAUUUCGAAAACCAUCGGAUUUGGGUCGGACACUUGGGUUUACCCCAAUAUCAGCCACCCAGAGCAUGGCCGCUUGGCAAGAAAGUACAUCUAUUCUCUAUACUGGUCCACGCUGACCCUCACCACUAUUGGAGAGACCCCCGCACCUGUCAAGGAUGUUGAAUACCUCUUUGUUAUUGCCGACUUCCUCACUGGUGUGCUGAUUUUUGCUAGUAUUGUCGGUAACGUUGGUGCUAUGAUCUCCAACAUGAACGCCUCUCGCGCUGAGUUCCAGGCGAAGAUUGACUCCAUAAAGCAGUACAUGCAGUUUCGAAAGGUCACCAAAGACCUGGAGGCCAGGGUCAUCAAGUGGUUCGACUACCUGUGGACUGAGAAGAAAACCUGUGAUGAAAAGGAAGUUUUAAAAACUCUCCCAGACAAGCUAAAGGCUGAGAUUGCCAUCAAUGUCCAUUUAGAUACGCUGAAGAAAGUGCGGAUUUUUCAGGACUGCGAAGCCGGUUUGUUGAUUGAACUGGUGCUCAAGCUGCAGCCACAAGUGUUUAGCCCCGGAGAUUACAUCUGUAAGAAAGGGGAUAUUGGCAGGGAGAUGUACAUCAUCAAGGAAGGGAAGCUAGCGGUGGUGGCUGACGAUGGAGUGACUCAGUUUGUAGUGCUGAGCGAUGGCGCGUACUUUGGUGAAAUCAGCAUCUUGGGUAUCAAGGGCAGUAAAGCGGGCAACAGAAGAACGGCCAACAUCAGAAGCGUGGGUUACUCUGACCUAUUUGCCCUUUCCAAGGACGACUUGAUGGAAGCCCUCACCGAGUAUCCAGAGGCCAAGAAGGCUCUGGAAGAGAAGGGGAAAGCCAUCCUGAUGAAGGACAACCUGAUCGACGAGGCGGUUGCCAAUGCCGGCGCCGACCCCAAGGACGUAGAGGAGAAGAUCGUUAAACUGCAGAGCAAUCUGGACACCAUGCAGACCAAAUUCGCCCAGCUGAUGGCGGAGUUCACGUCCAACUCGACAAGAAUGAAGCAAAGAGUCUCAGCGAUGGAGGACAAAGUGAAAUCCAUAAAACCAGAGGAUCUGUCUGAGGUGGUGGCCGACAAAGACAAAAAGGUCCAGUAACGCAAGAGACACUCGAGAACUUUACAGCACACAAGGGAGUGUCGCUUUUUAAAGGCCCACAUUCAUAUCCAUUUAUACAGCAUGUUUAUUAUCAGUAUAAUGUGUCAAACUGUGUACAGCAAAUGUAUAUUUCUGUGUGUAUGCUGACAGCCAAUUUCAUAUUUUUCAUAUAUAAAACUACUAAGCGUGUUGGGAAAAAAAAAGAUUUUCAUAAUAGUAGAACGAUUUUUUCCCAGAAAAUCUUUUUCUUCCAUAUUGAUCUAUUUGUGAAGUAAAAAUGCAGCUGACACAUCCAUUUUACACUGCUUAAAAAUGUACAAAGUGAAAUGUCAGUGCUGUUGAUAAGUUACUGUCGGCUAUCGGCUGUAAAUCUAAUAUGUGAAUAAACAUUAAAGUGUUCAUAUAACAUUCACUUUAUACUGGUACAUUGUCAUGUUGUGGGUGAAUGAACAUGGGGAACUCACAGUUUUUUAAAUCUGUUGUAACUGAGGAUCAUUAAAGUGUUGCUGCUGACUUUAAAACCCUUGAAAACUCUUUGAAAACUUCCUGGUCCACAGAAAACUGUGAAAUACCUCUUCUCCUUUUUUUCAGCCAAGCUAUGUAAUUAAAGGCACAUAAAUGUCACGCUUUUCCUGUUCUAAAGUUUUGUCAGUAGCACAAAUUUUGUGUUUUGGAAACUUUUUUUUUUCUUUUUUACGUUUCUAUGACAUAUUGAAGAAACACAAGCAUUUCACAAGGUUCAAGUUUUAGUGGGAAAUAAAUCAGCCUUGAUGUCCAUAAUUUCCUCAGUUCUAUAAGACAUCCUGAAUAUCUGCUUCAAAAUCAUGACUAAUGGUGAUCCUGGAUGGACCACACUAAAAACAUUCUCAAAGAUCAGCUUCAUCGCUGAUCCUUAAAAAGUGGUUGGCUGAUGGAUCUCCAUCAGUCAUGCUCCGGUCCAGAAGCUGAUAACCAGCAUGUCACAGAGAACUGCAUGAGUUAUGAGUCUGUGCAUGAACGUGGUUGCCAAUAAAAUCUCUGACAUUUUUGAAAUUUUGAUCACUCUUUACAGAAACAUGAAAAAAGAAUAUUUGUUUAACAUUUCCCCUCAGAGCUGAAUUGCCCUUUAAAAGUCUAACAUCUACUUUGACCACUCAAGUGCAGCAGAAAAGUAACUCAAAAGUCGAGUGAUGACACAUCAUCUCUUAUUUAACUGCUCAGUUCUUCUAUUUCUCACAGAUACACAUAAAUGCUACCUUGCACCACUUUCUUGACUGAACCAUUAUCACCAUGUUUUGUGAAAAGUCUGAUUUUAGCUUCAUCAGCGAUGAAGGAAAACCAGCUCCUCUUUAAGCGAGUACCCCGCUGUGUUCAUCAGCUACGUGCUAACUUAUUCUGCUGUGUGUUGUCGAGCUGCUAAAAUCUGAUGGGAGUUAUUGAAAGGAGAGGUGAUACGCUGUGGCGACCUCUAGAGAGGUUUGAAACCAAAUUUUCCUAAAGUAAAAACAAAGAACUGAAUCUGUCACCGUGAGACGAGCCGCAGUCAUGAUCAGGUAUUUAUUUGAAAAACAGAGUUUCAGCUUAAAGUCUUCCAGUGAGUGUUAAUGUUGUUGUUAUUUUUUUUUUUUAAAUUCACCUUUAUUUAAUUUGCAUAACAGAAGCUUUACAGAAGAGUUUCACGUUAUCUGCACGUUCUGUGUUUGUACCUGAGACAUUUGGCAAAAUAAAACAUGGUGUGAUUCUUUUUCUUGUGUAGGCCUUGCACAUUUGGCACCUCAUGACUGUGCAAUCAAUAAGAUUAGCAAACAAACCAAAAGAAAGAGGAAGUGAAAGUCUGAACUGACCAGUCAGGAAGCAUACUCUGAAACCAAACUGUCAGGUCACAACACAAAGCUGUUAGAUCGUAACCAGAUAUAAAUCAUAUCUGGAUAUAACAUGUAUUUUUUUUUAAUUUUUGGGUAAAGAAAAUGUUUAACUAUAAGCUUCUCUAUGAGGUUGUUUUGACUUCAAUAGCAGGAAUUAAAAAAGGCUUCAGUUCAGCAUAUAGUAAAUGACAAUCAUACCCAAAGAGCACCGUUAUGCCCAGAGUGUGAGCACCGAAUGCUGCUACAUUACGACAACUGCAGAAAACACACAAAACAAGUCAAACUAAAUGAAAAAUAUCCUGAAUGUGCUCUGUGUAAGUGCACUUUCACAAGUUGACAAAUACA